AUCAAGAAAAGAGGAGCAUCCAUCCACCUUCAACUCAAUCCAUCUCAAAAUACCUGUUUCAAUGAUGUGGGCAAAGCUUGUUUUUUACCUCGUUCUACCUGUUGUGCAGUCAUGCAGUAAAGGUAAACCGAGUGAAUGUGCAGAGGUAAACUUUGCUCCCGGGUCCAACCUGGCUGGUGAGGGAUACGAUGUGACUAAGAUGCAGCGCAAAGGAGCCUUCGUCAUUAACACUGAAAUCUGGAGGCAAAAGGACAAAUCAUGCACCAUUUGCAAGAAUCCCUACAUGGAUGGGGAAAGGCAAAAGCUUCCGAUAUCAGUGGUGGACUGGAGACCCAGUCAAAAGUGCAGCAUGAAAAUAUCAAGUUCCCUCUACCAGUCUAGUGAGGAACUGGUCAGCUCGAGCAUGUCAUCUGUUGAGAACAACUGGGGUUUAAACUUGGGGAUUGAUGUUCGACAAAAUCAGGGUUCGUUGAUUAUGGCUGGAACUAACUCAAGGCUUGCAGAGUACUCAAUGGAAAAGACCAAAAAGGACAAGUUCAAUUUUGCCAGUCAGAGUAUUUCUUGUGCCUUUUACAGCUACAGGGUCUCUCACAAGCCUGUGCUCCAUCCUGAGUUUAAGCGCUCUAUGAAGGAGCUUCCCAAGGAAUACAAUCUUGAUUUCAAACAGCGCUUCUAUAAGUUCAUCAACACCUAUGGAACCCAUUAUAUCACUAAGGUUAGUCUUGGUGGAAGUGUACACUCUGUUACCAGUAUCAAACAGUGUGAGACCGCUCUACAGGGUUUAAGUGGGGAUGAGGUGAAGAUAUGCUUGGAAGUGGAGGCAAAUGCCAAUGUUCUUGGCAAAGCUGAAAUGAAGGCAGAAACUAAGCACUGUAAUGAAGACAAGAGCAAAACAGAGAGCAAGAGCAGUUUCUCCAGCCGCUUCAAUGACAGGUUCACAGAGGUCACUGGUGGUCACACUACAGAGCCUGAGCUUCUUUUCUCCGGAAGUAAAGACCCAUCAGCCUACAAAGAAUGGCUCAAUUCUGUGCCGCGGAACCCAGAUGUGAUUUCUUAUUCUCUGGAAUCUCUGCAUGAGUUGAUCCCCACCAAAAAUCCUGUGCGCAAGCACUUACGCAAAGCCAUUUAUGACUAUAUUCUGGAAAAGUCACUCUGGAGGAACUGCUCUGAACCUUGCAAGACCGGCAUUAAAACCAACCCAAAAGACCCUUGUGUCUGCAUUUGUCACAACAAUCCAGGCAUUACACCAGACUGCUGCCCAUCUAAGCGUGGACUUGCUCGGGUCAGGGUCACAAUUGUGAGGGCAGAAGGCCUGUGGGGUGAUCACUCCUCAGCAACUGAUGGAUAUGUUAAAGUGUUUGACAAAAACAAUUAUCAGGUCGGACGCACCAACAUGAUCGUGAACAGCAACUCACCCCGCUGGACGAGAACUUUUGAUCUGGGUGAUAUUGUGCUGGCUGAAAAUGACAAACUAAGACUGGAGGUGUGGGAUGAAGAUAAUAAAUGGGAUGAUGACUUGCUUGGAAGCUGUGAAGUACAAAUCAAAGCAGGUCAGAUUGAGAAUUUAUGCAAUUUGAACCAUGGUGUGCUGUUCUACAAAACGGAAGUGACAUGCGGCCCAAGUUUGUCUGGCCCCUAUUGUGCAAAGUAUGUGGGUUCCCCCAUGAACUUUCACUUGGAGAAGGCGUAUGUGUCACGAAAUGCCCGGCCUGUGCCAGCAGAGAUGCUAUUGAACAAGGGAGUGCUUUUAGAUAAAUUGUACAUACAUCAAAAGACAGAUUACAAUCUUAAAACUAUUUUGUAGUAAGUAGAGUUUUGGUGAAGUCUGGAUGCUUUGGUUAGGAUUUGGACGAAUCAUUCUUAACGGUGCACUCAGUUUUUGUUCAUGUCGUCACAGACUUGGGUGAAUGGAUGAAGCAUCAUUCAAAUGCAAAAGUUUUCAGUUAAAGAUGCUGUUGUAGAAAUUCACUAAUCGCAGACUGCCAUGAUUAAUUUAUUUAAUGAGCAGUGGUUACUGAGAUUAAGCAAGUAGUAUUUGGCUGGACAUGUAAUCCCACCAUGGCCACUCCCAUGAGGGGUCCCGCUCCAUGUAGAAGAAAACAGCUUUUAUCAGGUUAUUGAAAUGACUGGAGACUUUAGCUUCACGAUUAAAUAUGUAUGUUUCAAAAUUGCAAUAAAAUUUUUAGGAGUAAAAUCGUAUUAAUAUUUAUUGAAUAAUUAUUGAGUGCACUUUUAAAAAUAAAAAUCUUAACUCUUAACUGAUAUUUUCUUUUUUCUGUAUUAAGGAAAAAAAUAUAUCAAUAUUUUGUACUUACACCCUGUCUACAGCGGGCGCGAGCUGCGCGUCGCGUCAAAAGCAAUAGAACCCCAUUAUAAUCAAUGAUGCUGUCCACAGUGGAAGCGUCUGUUGCGGCGACAUUAAACGGGUGUCGCCUUCCAUUUUGCGCUACACGCACUGGACGCUACUGAAAAAUUAAACGGUUUAGAACGUUCGUGAAGACGCGUCCAGCGUUCAUUUAUUAGAAAGGGGUUUUGUUGCUUUUGACGCGACGCGAGCGUCCGGUCCAUACGGGGUGUAACACUUGGAAACAAUCUUAUGAACUUCUUAUAAUGUAUCCUUUGAUCUUUCUGAUUUUAUUUUUUCUUAAAAACAUCUUCAUGCAUCUAUCACCUCUAAAGGGUUCUAUUUAAUCUAUUUAGUCUUUAGCAUUUCUUAGCUGUAGAUGCCAUGUUGAAUACUUUUUUAUUGUGUGAUGUUUUUAUUGCAGGAUUUUCUUAGUGCCAAAAGAAUGAAAAAGCAAAGGCAUGAGAUGUGCAAUUUUUCAAAAACACUUAAUUAACAAUGUAAUUGUAUUGUUUUAUUAUACUUUCAAUCUGCACACCAAAUUAAUUACAAUAUUUCCUUUUUUAAAGUAGCCUAAUUUCAUAACAUCCAUCAGUAGUUUUCUGACAGUUACUAUAUGACGAUAAUGAAUUGUAUUCACUAGUUAAUAUGUGUACACAAGUAUUUUAUGACUCAAAAUGAAUGCUUUGCAGCAC